UAGCUAGCUGCUGGCAUGUAUCAAUUCUCUGGUGAAGAGAUCGUUCCUCUGAUCUGAAAAUAAAUCGAGCCAACCCCUCACGCGCUAUAAAAGGCGUGCAAGCGCGGCCGUCGUUUUUUCUCUGCACUCUGGAAUUUCCUCACAAUUUCUUUUCUUUGCUGGAUCAGGCGCCCUUCGCUGCACUCUUUUUUCAACAUUCGCAUCACCUCACCUCAUUUUCAUUCCGCGCUGCAUGAUAAUGGACCACAUUGGACAGGACCGGUCGCUCGAGACGAUACUCGCCGAGCUGCAGAGCAUAAAGCCACCGACCGAGUCCGUCAGCAUGAACCACAUUGUGCGGCUGGAGGGGCAGCUGCAUGAAGCCAGGAACAUGUCGAUGCAGAGGGUAGAGUCGUUGAGCGAACGACUGGACGAGCUUCGCGCGGUGGUGGAAGACAAGUCCAAGUCGAUCGACGUGACCGGCAAGGGGUUUGAGAUACUCGUCAACCGGACAAAGGAGUUGACAGAGAGUAUUGACCAGCUGACUGUGGGGCGGGAUAGCCUGCAUCAGACGACGGCUGAACUGCAAUGGCACGUCAGCCAUACCAACAGCAGCAUCGAGGAGAUCCGCAAGGAGAUCAGCCAGGCUGCAAAGGACUGUGCAGUGCUGAGGCAGGAGGUCCAGGAAAUGCGCAGUGCACAGAGACGUGCUGACGAGCAGGCGAAGCAAAUAGAAGAGUUGAAGAACACGCAGGCCACCAUGGCGGCGCAGAUUGCCCAGAUGCAGACCAUAUUGGCGGCGCAAGGAAGCAGCAAUGCAGCUCGGGUGCCUGUGCGAGCCAGUGCGACGCCAGCUGUGGCAUCUAUGGGGGAGCUACGUGGGCCGGUGACGUCGAGUGUGGCGAUGAGCCCUGCUGUUCAGGCGACUGUGGCUGUACCGCAGAUGGCGACCUCGCAAGCUGACAUGGCGCGCCAGCAAAAGAGAAAGCUGGAAGACGAAGAGCUGCAGCGUCUCCGGGAUCAGCGCCACCAACAGCUCUUGCAGAAGCAUCAGCAUCAGCAUCAGCAGCAACAGCAACAGCAACAGCCAGUGUCGGCACCAAUCCAACAGCAAGUGCAACAGCAGGCACCGCCGUCGUUUGUCAGCAACAUAUCGUCUGAACACCUGGAAAAGAUCCGUGAGUUCCGGAGGCAGCUUGAGAGCGAGAGUGUGCAGAACAACACGCGGCUUGAGGCAAUGAAAACGGCCGAAUUAGGUAACUUUCUAAAGGAAAAGUUGAGGGCACAGCAGGCUGCCAGCAGAAAACUGCGCACUCCUGUCUCAAGCGCUGGCACCACCCAGCAGACUCGGAAUGAGGUACAAUAUAGCAGCCCAGCUACCGGUUCAGAAAGCAAAUGCCUACCCGCCCGCCGGCCUGAGAGCCCACGCCAUGCAUCUAACAACUCCCCACUUUCUGAGGUAGUGAACCCGCACGCAGUCCUCUCGCCUUCUUCCUUUGCCAACAUACAGCUGUCGCCAACUCCCCAGACAGCCAUAUCUGUUUCAACUACCUCUGCUCAGAGGCCAGCACAAUCUACACAAGCAAAGCCUGCACCCCAGCUUCAGAAAAAGUCUGUAUCCCCAGCAAAUCCUGUGGCAGCACCAGUGCUCUCGCAGCGCCCAAAGGCAGCAAGGCCAGCCGACAACCACUCGCCCAGUCCUAUCAGCAAGAGACUGCCUACUCACUCACCCAAGUCUGUCUCUAGUAGCGAUUGGGACAGCAGUUCGCGGCCGCGUUCGACAGCAAGCCCCAUCGAGCCUGGCGAGAUCGGGCACAUGUCGAUCAAGGGCGCUUCGAACAAGCAGAAUCCAAGAGCGGUGUUGGCAACUGGUUCAUCAAAAGCUCAACCCAGCGAAUCGCUGUCAAUAAAGGGGCGGUCGCGCCUGGCUAAGCAGCAGCAUGGGUCGUUGGAUUCUGAGAUAGAGUUCCCCGACACCAAGCGCGGCUUCCAUAGCCCGCGCCUCACAGCGUAUAGCGGCGGUGCUGGGACUGAUGACAGCGGGGAUGAUUCCGAUGAUCUGAUCAGUAGGCCCAAGGUGCCGUCUGGUAGUAAUGCACAGGCACCCAGCCAGCUGGGCAUCGUAGGCGCAUCGUCAAUCAGUAACCGAGCGGGAGGCAACCUUCGCGGCGACCUGGCAUCUCGGCUGGGUACCAAGCAUAGCCGCUGGUCUGAGAACUCGGACCAGACGCCACCGUCGGCCCACGACUCGGACGCCAGGCUGUCUGAUAGCCGGUACGACUCACGUCGUCGCGAACGCAGCCCAACAUCUCGUCGCAGGCGUAGCCAGUCUCCUGUAGGCCGCAGCCUGUCGUGCAGGAGCGAGCCAGCUGACUUGGAAAUGAGGGACCAGAUGGGCAAUGAGAUUACAGCCGAGCGCAUAUCUACGGUACUUGGGCCCUUCUUCUGCAUAGGCUAUAGCGCGAUCGGGCCAAUGUACAAGGCAUUCUAUGGCUGCCAGCUGCUGGCCAUGGGCGUGCAGGCCAGCGAUCUGCACAGCCAUCUGACGCAUCUCGAGGGGCUUCGGCACUUUAAGACAGCCUCUGGUCAAGGCUUUAGUCGGCACAGCAUUGUGCGGUACGUAGCGCGCAGCGGAGCGGCAGCAUCGCAGAUGGAGCGUCGUCUCAGGCGCAAUCUCCUUGAUCCAGAGGCUGUGCCAGAGCCACUGCUGUACUACCACAUGCUGACGCUGUGCUGUUGCCGGCUGUCCGACACCAACGGCAGCGUGGUCCAAGAUGUGUUGCGGGAACUGACCAACAAGCGGCUCGACGAUCUGCGCACGGUAACGGCAGAUGGAAUCGUUUGCAUGAGAGCUGACGAGGUGUGGGCGCGCACAGCUGAUUGGGCAUCGAUGCUGGUGCAGUUCAUCCGCAGCCACAAUGCACAGAGGGUGCUGGCGUGCGCCGACAGGUGCUACGAGACGUAUGUGAACCAGUGUGAGAAGGCCAACGUGUCACAGGGCGGGAUUCUGGAUCCGCAGGGAUCGGUAGCCAACAAUAUGCUAAAGAUGAACAUGGACCACAGCAAGCUGUUUCUGGGCAUCAAAUCGACAGACCUGAAGCAGCUCUACCGGUACCUGCACUUUAUCAUGUCCGCGCGUCUAACUGGCGACACAGCCAGAGAUGACAUAAUAUUCCUCGAAUCCCUGGCCAAGAGCUACAUCGACAUUGCCUGAGGGGCGGACACAGCGCUAGCCUGAAUGGCGCACAAGCACUUGGACAGGGUAGAAGGAAAAGGGGACUGUAUCGUACU